AUGCUGGCUGCCAUGGGCUACAUCACCCCUGAAUACGUCCGCUUUCCAGGAUACUGCUCUCCGACAGCCGGCCUGAAGUUCUCCGAGAUCCCUAACGGUUUGGCUGCCCUGGGCAAGGUGCCUGCUGCUGGAUGGACUCAGAUCUUCCUCUUCUUGGGCCUCAUCGAGAAGGGCCUCUUCACCUAUGACCCCACCCGCGCGCCUGGCGACUACAAGAAUGCAGGCGUUCUGGGCGUGCCCAAUGGCAGCACCAUGGCGCCCGGCGAUGGCCGCACCCGCAAGCUGAACUCAGAGUUGGCCAACGGGCGCUUGGCUAUGAUGGCCAUCAUCGGAAUGUUCUUCCAGGAUGGCCUGACGGGCAGUGCUUGGGGCGACUGGGCCAGCUACACCGAUUCGCCUUUGCGGGCCUUUGAGAAUGAGCUCGGUGUUCAGGCGCCCGUGGGCUACUGGGACCCGAUGGGCAUGUCCAAGGACGGCGACGUGAAGACCUUCCGCCGCCGCCGCGAGGCGGAGCUGAAGAACGGCCGCGUGGCCAUGUUCGCGACCAUGGGAUUCAUCACUCCGGAGUACUUCCGCUUCCCUGGCUACCUCUCGCCUGCGAAGAGCAUCAAGUUCGCCGAUGUGCCCAACGGCUUGGCGGCCCUGGGCAAGGUGCCCCUCACUGGCUGGAUCCAGAUCUUUCUGUUCUGCGGCAUGGUGGACUUCGGGCUCUACAGGGCUGAUGACUCUCGCGACCCUGGUGACUAUGAGAACGCUGGCAUCUUGGGCGUGCCCAACGCCAGCGGGCCCAUGAGCGAUGCUGAGGGCCGAAAGAGGAAUGUUCGGAACCACUGGUCCUGCCAUGUGGGGCUUCUGAGUGAGGUGACCGCCACCGGGCGCGACCCCAUUCUCAGCCCUCCAAGAGGGCCAUGGAGGGUGGUGAACUUAGGUCGCCGUUCCACAGGUCCGAAGACCGUCCCCGAACGAGCGACAGAAAAGAGCACUGCGAGAACAGAGGAUGUCUUCUACUUCCGGGACCGCUUUGGCUGCCACCGCAGGUGCAGCUGCACUUUUGAGCGGCUGCACCUUCGUUGGGGCGCCUGCGACGUCUUCAGCGCCGACCAGCCAUUUGCGAGCCACUUCUGCAGCAACUGUGGCAUCUACAUCUACCAGGGAGGCUGCUCCAAGCAGAACUGCCUCUUUAGCAGUGGCAGGUGUUGCAGUUGCUGCUUUGACGGCUACUGGCAAGAAGGCGCUGUCCGGGAGCAUCAAACCACAGCUGGUGCUCUGGGUGUGGCUGACGGACUGAUGCGCUCCCUCUUCGCAGCAGGCAGUAGGGGGGCUCUGCCUAAGCCCGCUGUUCCUGCAACAAAGCGACACACCUUCGAGAACGAGUUGGGCGUGCAAGCGCCGGUCGGAUUUUGGGACCCCGCUGGCUUUACUGCAGAUGGCAGCGUGGAGAACUUCAAGCGACGUCGCCAGACCGAGUUGAAACAUAGUGGCCCAGUACGGUGCGACCACUUCCGGUUCCAGUUGAAGCGGCCUAUCACUGAAUUGACUGACGUUCGCUGCGCAAAUAAACAAAAAGACAACGCUUGCUGCCCACUUCGGCCAAGUGUCAAGUUUCUGCCUGCACAGCCCUUGAGACUCCAUACAGCUCUCUUUUACCUGCUAGCCGUCUCGGAUCACGUCUUGCGCUCCUCUCGUCUCGUGUCUCGCACCCUGUCGCUAUGGCUUAAUGCGUUGGAAGCCCGACUCGACCAGCUGGAGGGCUAUAUGGGGAGGGUGGAACGCACCGAGGACCGGGUUGACAGGCUGUACCACCAAGGGAAGGUGUUCACCAUGCAUGACCUCGCUGGAGGACGCGUCAUUAGGCUGUGCUCCAUGGCCGACCGGCGCGGGCGGUGUGGAGCUCUGUGGGCACUCAAGGAGGAGAUUUCGGCUGGGAACCUCGUAAGGGUGGAUCCGGAGUACGAAUGGGGUCAGCCGGCAUUGGUUGAGGCUAUGGCACCAACGAGGAUCUCAGUGGCAUGCUGGGGUGCUUUGACAAGCCACUACUACUUCUGGGAUCCCGCUGGCUCCCUGGAACAGCGCUGGGCCGGGGCGCCCAAGGUUUCCCAGGAUCAGUCUCCUGGCACGCCUGCUGCGGCUGGAGACUUUGGAUUCAAGGUCUUGACUUCAUCCGAUCCUGCCGAGAAGACGAAGAAGCUAAGUGCAGAGUUGGCAAAUGGUCGCUUGGCAAUGAUGGCGAUCAUCGGCAUGUUCUUUCAGGAUGGGUUCACUGGCAGUGCGUGGGGUGAUUGGGCCAACUACACAGCCUCCCCUUUGCGUGCGGAACCCGCAAGUGCAGCGGCAACGGCUGCCGCUGCAGCCAAAGCGGCCGCAGCAGCCAAGGGAGCUACUGCUGGUGUGGGAUCCUUGGCUCAAGGCAAAGGAAGUAUUAGUUUCGAUCCAUCCACCCAUGGAACCACUGGGUUCUUUGACCCAGCUGGCUUUUGCAAGAAGGGCGAUGAAGCGGGUUUCCGCAACCUGCGAGCCGCCGAGAUCAAGCAUGGCCGGGCUGCGAUGAUGGCUGCGCUCGGGGCAGUAGUGCAACACUACGUGAAGUUCCCGGGCUUCGGCGGCUAA